CACCUAAAGUCUCUCUCACACAAGCCCUAAUUCUCUCUCUUCCUGAAACGAGUUUCUCUCAAACUCUCCUCUCCCCUCCCCUCACGCAUCAGCGCUCCUCACCGCCACUCUCUCUUCCGGCGCCGUUACCGCGCUUAUUUUCCAGAAAUUGGCCCAACGUAGCGUAGCUGAAGGGCAUGCCCUUGGUGGGACCUGCAAUUGUGGUGACUGCAGUGCAGAAUAGAGAGGUGCAUUGGGUGGUUUCGUAAAUCCGUCCACUAUUUUGCUUCUUUUCUAGGCAUAGUUGCACUUGGAAUUAGAAUUUCAUUGGAAAUGUCAGGCAGAGGAAGUGGAAGAGGAUGGGGAAGAGGACGAGGGGGAAUGUAUGUCCCUCCAAAGCCAUUCGUACUUUAUCCCGAGGAAGUUAAUUGUCCUGGUAAAAUCGAUAUAAAUGAUGAUUAUAUGAAAAACUUGCUUAGCUGGAGUUCUAAGUUUCAAAGGUAUUGGAAAGCCUCUCCUUAUCUUCUGGAGGAGAGAACGUUGAAGGGUGAGAGCAGAAAAAUGCACAUAGAAAGAUAUUCUGACAGGAAGAGGACCAUGUUUACUCGUGAUUCUCUGUCGCAGGUUUUAAUGUUCGACAAUUUUCCUAAGGAAUUGACACAAGGUACAUCGAAGCGGAUGGCAAGCCGAAAAAAUUUUCAAUGGAACCCAGAGGCAAAUUUAGAGAAGAAGCUAGAUUUCUUCGAACAAAAAGAGAAAAGGAACCAGGGCCGAGAGGAUGAAGAUGAAGAUGAAGAUGAAAAGAAAGAUGAUGAAGAUGAAAAGAAAGAUGAUGAAGAUGAAGAUGAAAAUGAAGAGAGCGAUGACGAUUUCGGUGGUGAUGAUUACAAUCAGGGUGAAUAUCGUGAUGACGAUGAAGAUGAUUAUAAUGAAGUGGAUGAGGGGGAAGAUAUCUUCUAGCAUAUAUCCCUAUGGACAAGAAUGAUAAUCUCUACCAUUCUGUGUCAGCUUCUAAACCAGCAUAACACUAUAGCUUCUUUAACAAGUUGGAGAUUCAAAUUAUUCCUUGGCCUUUUCUUGCUUCUAGGAUUUUACUUGCCCCUAUUUCAACUUACUCAUUUACAUAUAUAUAGUGUCUACCUUCUUGUAAAUCUUAAGUUUUAAAAAUGUACUAUAAUGCUUGACAAUUAAGAAGUGUGGUUGAUAGAGAAGUUGAAUAAGUUCAUCUCAUGUUCGCUUUUA